AAGAAAAUAGCGAGAUUAGGGAUGAGAUUUGCAAAUGACUGCGGACGAAGCAUUAAGCGACAUAGAGUAUCGCUAGUGUAGCGAUGCAAAUGCGACUGCGCCUGAAAACGAUCAAGCGGCCUCGGGGCGCUGCUCGCGCACCAACUCUACAGUCUUUUUGCUUUCCAUUUUGUACCGUACAGUACGUCCACCGAAGUACUGACGUUUCGCUGUGCCAUCGCAUGGCCGACGUGUGCAUUCUGAGGUUCACUUUCGCGUGGUACCCGCUCUGUCACAAGUAUCACAUUUAAAACGUAACACUUGUGGCAAAAACAUCAACAUACUGGUCUCAGAAGAAAAAUUCUUCGAUCCGGCUUUCACGUCGACGUGGACCACCUUCCCAGGCUUCGUCCCGUUGGUGAUAAACGAUUAAUUUAGCUGAAACUCGUGAGCCGCGACCACGCGACACAACGCGCAGCAAUGUCCAACGAGGAGACUUCCGCCGACCGCAAUGUCGAAAUCUGGAAAAUUAAGAAACUUAUAAAAAGCCUUGAAAUGGCGAGGGGGAAUGGGACUAGUAUGAUUUCAUUAAUUAUUCCUCCAAAAGAUCAAAUAUCAAGAGUGAGCAAAAUGUUAGCAGAUGAAUUUGGAACGGCAUCAAAUAUUAAAUCUCGUGUAAAUAGACUAUCUGUUUUGGGUGCAAUUACAUCCGUACAACAUAGGCUAAAGUUAUAUACAAAAGUGCCUCCAAAUGGCCUGGUAAUAUAUUGUGGUACCAUAGUAACUGAAGAAGGCAAAGAAAAGAAAGUUAACAUUGAUUUUGAACCCUUUAAGCCUAUUAAUACUUCUCUUUAUCUUUGUGAUAAUAAGUUUCACACUGAAGCACUUACAGCAUUACUUGCUGAUGAUAAUAAAUUUGGUUUCAUUGUAAUGGAUGGUAAUGGAGCAUUGUUUGGUACGUUGCAAGGCAACACUCGUGAAGUUCUACAUAAAUUUACAGUAGAUCUCCCCAAAAAGCAUGGCAGAGGAGGACAGUCAGCACUUCGUUUUGCUCGGUUGCGUAUGGAAAAACGACAUAAUUAUGUUCGAAAAGUUGCAGAAGUAGCUACCCAAUUAUAUAUUACUAAUGACAAACCUAAUAUUGCUGGUUUGAUAUUAGCGGGCAGUGCUGACUUUAAAACCGAACUUAGUCAGUCGGACAUGUUUGAUCCUAGAUUACAAGCGAAAGUUAUAAAGUUGGUAGAUGUUUCAUAUGGUGGAGAGAAUGGUUUUAAUCAAGCUAUUGAAUUAGCUGCUGAAUCUUUGCAAAAUGUGAAGUUUAUUCAGGAAAAAAAAUUAAUAGGUCGUUACUUUGACGAAAUCUCACAAGAUACUGGAAAAUAUUGUUUCGGCGUAGAAGAUACUUUAAGAGCAUUAGAAUUAGGCAGUGUAGAAACCCUUAUUUGUUGGGAAAAUUUAGAUAUUCAACGAUACGUUUUAAAGAAUCAUACGAAUGCAGAAGAGAAGGUUUUACACCUGACGCCAGAACAAGAAAAAGAUAAAACUCAUUUUACUGACAAAGAGAGUGGAGUAGAAUUGGAACUUGUAGAAUGUCAGCCUUUACUUGAAUGGUUAGCAAAUAACUACAAGAGUUUUGGUGCCACUUUGGAAAUUAUUACAGAUAAAUCUCAAGAAGGCUCUCAGUUCGUAAGAGGUUUCGGAGGUAUUGGCGGUAUAUUGCGGUACAAAGUGGACUUUCAGAGUAUGCAGUUGGAAGAUGUCGAAGUUGAUGCUUUUGAUCUGGAUGACUAUUAAAUCCGUGACUCAACAGACACUUUUAGCUUCAAAGGAAAACAUAAUUAUAUGUUUUCCCUUGCAUCAUACUUCAAGAGAGGCACAUAAAAAGGACAUGUUUAUAAAAUUUAUUAUAUGAUGCAACACACACGUCAUAAGGUUAUUCAUUAGAAUUCAUUCAAACAAUUCACAAUUAAUACACAAAAGUGAAAAGCACAACACGUGGCGCGCCGAUAAUCCAUGUCCAUGAAGAAACAAAGGCAACUCGAAGACUGUGACACUUAAUUAAGCCAGCUUGAUACCUGCCUAUCUCACAUAACAUUACCUUAUAUUACAGUUACAUUCUUUAAUUAUUCACAUGGAUUUAUUUAACUAAUUACACGCGUUACAGUGCUGGAUAUGUUUGUACAGUAUACGGUUUAAAACAUAAUUUUGUAUCAAAUUGAUGUUUGUCAUCUUAUCAUGAAUUUAGAUUGAAAAAAAAAGAAACGGGAAAAGAUACUUGAAUAGCAUGAAAACGAAUGUAGCGUUAUUUUUGUUCAGAUACAACCAUGGAUAAGCUGUAAUAAACUGAUUAUCAUAAACAUGAAGUUGCGUAUCGUGUAUUCUAUACCGAUUACUAAAUUCAUAUGAAUAAUGAAGAGUUCUGUACAUAGACUUAAAUUUUUAAUGGCACUGUUGCCUUAGACAUAAGUUAAGAUCGCGUAAUAUCCCAGGAAAAUAAAAUCUUUCCGUCUCUCAUCGAGUGAUACAUAUAUAAACAUAUAAGAGAUAAUUUUUCGUAUCUACAUUAACUUUGCUAGCUCUUGACUCUUAUAUUUUGUACACUCACAAUUGUAUAUAACAAAUGCUCCGCAAAUGUAUCGAAAUAUAUCUUUUCGAUUGUUACAACGGUGCACUCCAUUAGUAAAGAAAUAUCUUCUGCAAUAUUUAAGUAGCAGUUAUUGAAAAUAUUACAAAAUUUAUUUUAACAUUGUUAAUUUAAAUUGCUUAUCCAUAUGAUGCCUUUGUAAUAAACAAUAAUAUGUAUGUAUAAAUGUGAGAAGAAUGAAACGUGCAAUUUUGGUGAAGUACCUUUUACGAAAUGUCGCUGUAUAGUAAAGAAAGUUUCACAAAUACCGUGAAUCUUUUGAUGAAAAUAAUGUAUUGUUAAUUAAUAGUAUAAUUAGAUUAUUUAUACUAUUACGCCGUAUGUAAUGCAGGGAUAAAGCUUUAUGAAAACUUCAUCAAAAUAGAACGUUCAGCAAAAAAAAAAAGACCUGGCUUAUGGUAUGUGCACAACGAAUUCCAAAACAUGAUAGUUUAAAAGUAUUGUAUCUGUGUAUUGUCUUCAAGGCAGCGAAAUGUUGAAUGUCACCUUAAUGUUUCUUUAAAUUUUUAUAUGUAAACAUUCAUUUAAUAGGAAUCUAGAUAAUUAUUUAUUACUAAAUUGGUGCGAUUAUUUCUUCUGCUUUGCAGAAGAUUAUUUUAAGUGUAUAAGUUAUAGUUCUAUGAGAACUUGGUAAAUAUUUGAAAGAGAUUAGGAAAAAGCCGUAUAAUCUUAAAUAAUCUUUGGUCCUUUUUGUUUUCCGUUUUUGUAUAAGGUAAGGGAAAGUGAAUCUGCAGAAGAACGCAUGAAAGAAAAGAAAUAGACGUCGUACAUCUCAUUUAAACAAAUCAAUGACGUACUUAGAUUAUGGCUUGCCUAUGAUCUCUUCCAUAAGCAUAGUUGUAUAAUCUGCUAACAGAUUUAUAAUUUUUGGCAAUCUUAUUCUCUUGUAUUGCUCUAGCAAAAUAUUUUUGUUCUUUCAAAUGUUACUUUUUAUCUAGCAAGGCAAUACAAAGAUGUAAUUGUUAUAACUUUGCUUAAUCAAGUUUUUCAAAAAAUGAAUUUAAUACCUCAUAUUUUAUAUGUAUUAUACGCGUAAAUUACACUCGUGCUAUGUCCUAAAAAUUUUAACUUGUCUUUACUCGAAAUUAUGAUAUAAAUGAAUUACAAGGAUAUAGUAAAAAUAUGAAUUUCAAGUUUAUAUGACAAAAUGUUGGCCGUACCAUGAUACAUGUUCUAUAAAAAAUGUUUUGUGAAGUGACAAAGAGGGAUAUUGAAAUAAUGACACAUAGCGAUGAAAUGAUAGUUUAUGAUACUUAAAUAUAGUCUAUGUGACGAAACAUUCUAAUUAUAAUGAUAGAAGUUACCUCAACAAAAAUAUUAAUUUAUAAUCAUUAUCUUUACUUUCAAGUAGUUAACUCAUAUAUCUAUUCAGAUUUUCAUAUGUCUGUUUUGAUAAUAUUAAUAUACAAUUGUAUCGUUAUUCUGUUGUUGAUAACACAAAAUUGAAAAGAAUAUAAAUUUUGUAAAGCUAACAAUGAAAUAUUUUGAUAUGCUUUAAAAGCAUGAGAUUUAUUGGCAAUCAAACAUUAUUUCCAAUCUCCCUUUUUUCACAUACGCAUUACACAAAAUUUAUAUGCAAAGAAAAUAACGUAUCGUUAAUAUCAAAAUUUAAUAAGAAUCAGAAUAGAAUGGAAUAUGAAAAAUUGAAUAAGAAGUGAAAAAUACAGUCUAUGUUUUUCAUGCAAACAUGUUGCUAUUAGAACCCGAAAAUGUCACAAUGAUGUUUAUUUUCACAGGGCAUAUCCGAAAUAACUAUUUAGAAAUAUUUAAAAAUUGUAAAAAAUAAAUAAUAGCGAAAAGAUAAAAUGGGAAAAUAGUUUUUAACAUUUUUGCACUGUGAUGGUUCUAAUUACUAUGAGGGAUAUUUCCGGGUUCCAAUUAUAACGUCUUUUUACAUUUUUGUUAGUGCUCUCCCUUUUUAUACAUAUACGUAAGUUUUACAUAUAUGAAAUACUGGAAAAGAUGUCUUUAUAUUAUUGGUAAGAUAUAUUUGCCUAUGGAAUGAGGUGCUGUUGAAUAGAAAUUUGACUAGAAAGGUGAAAAGAAUUUGGCAUAAUACAAUAAAAAAAGGAAGUGCUCAGUGAAAUACAUUUUAUAAUAUUUUAUACCUGGUUGUACCUAGACACUUUUGCCUAGUAUGUAUAUUUGGACAGAUAUCGUUCAAUGUAUUUAUUUCUUUAAUUUUUUUGAAAUAACAUUAGUAACACAGUCUUGUAAAAAUGUUAAAUUAUAUUUAUAUAUAGAUAUAACAGCUAUAUUACACUAGAACUUUUUAUACUUGUAUAUUUCACAUGAUAGAAAGGUAUUGAUGUUAAGGACAAUAAAAACAAACAGUUAUCUACACUUAUAAAAUAUAAUGUAAAAAUUAAACAGAUAUAAAAUUAUAGGAAAGAUGUCACUCUUUUAUACAAUAUUUUAUAUAUUUUUAUUCAUCUACUUGUCAUCUUUAUCUGGUACCAAGAGAUUAAGAUUGGCAUCUUUAGUCAUUGAUCCUAUGAAAGUUUCUUCAUCUCCACGAAUAGAUAACGCAGUGACGGAAAUAUUUGUUUUUCUCUCAUCCAUCAUUGCAGCUUUUGUCCAAUUUGAACUGCUGCAUUUUAUACAACUAUGCGAAGGUAUUCUGUCCAAACUCACUGUUCUGUUUCCACAAUCUCCACAUUUGAAGAAUCUCUUCACUGCAUCAGCAACACGCAAUGGAUGAUUUUGUUCUUUACACAUGUCAGAAGCAGAAAAUGCUGUAUAUUUACAAGUUAUGCAUUUAACAGCUUUACAAGGGACCUUAUAAGUAGUUAACAUUUUCUCUUCCAUUCUUUCUUUCAUUUCUAGUUUGCUAAAAUAUUUGUCUUGUUCUUGCUCAUAAGAUUUUUCAAUGAGAUCAGUAUGAGUAGAUUUAGCUUGCAUCACUUCCUUAAAUUUAUCUGACACGACAUGUAAUCUCUUUAUUUCCUGUUUUUCAUCAUUUUCUGACUCUCUUGGUCGUUUUUUUCCUUUCUCUAGUUUCUCUUCUUUGGUUAAACGUACUUUGUUAGGAUCUUUAGCUUUAAUUUUUCCAUUUUCUUUGACCCAUUUAACAGCAUUAUUUUUAGCUGUAUUAAUUUGUUUUUUAGUUAUAGGCUCUGACAAAUCUAUCGUUCCUCCCAGACAACCAAUACCUAAGCGAGGGCUUGAAGAUAAAGAAGAUAAGCCUUGUUUUCUUAUAUUAUUAGUUUUACAGGAAUUUAAUUGUGUUAAUGUGGAUGAAAAGGAUGUCUUGUCAUUUGAAGAUGUUUGAGAUAAUACAGUAGCUUUCCAACCUCUAGAUUUAUUCAUUUGUUCAAAGUCUUUUUUUAUUUGUUGCCCUAAUAUAUCUGUUUUUCCAUUUUGAUCUUUUACAUCUAAGCUUUUAUCAGUUGAAUUAUUAGUCUUCUGGCUUCCUGAAAGUAAUGCUAAUCGUUUAGCAUCUUUCUCUGCCAAUUUUUUAUUUUUUACAGCAACAACAGCAUGGAAUUCGGGCAUAUUGUUGAAAAAUGGUUUUUGUUUAUUCUGUGUUUUUUGUUUUAACAUAUCUAUUGAAAAUUUUUGACUAUUACUAAAUGCUUGCAAUUCUGUUCUUUUAGAACAUUUCUUGUACUCUUGUUUGAUAUGAUACAAACAAAAUUCACAACGACUAAUAUUUAUAAUAGAAUUACAAGAUUCUCCAUUCUUCUUUUUAGAUUUGCAUUUCCCCAUAUCUUUAGAUUUACCAAGUAUCAUAACUCUUUGAGGAUUAUCAAUUGACAAUGUUGCUAGAUCGGUAUUGUCUUUAGAUUCUAGAACAUUUGGAUUAAGAAUAGCUAUCACAGUUCCAACAGUAGUUUUCCAAAGUGAUUUAUAUGCAUUACUAAACAUAAAAAGACACACGGUAUUCAUAGCAUCACAUAAAUCACUUAUUUUCCAUAUAGCAUAUGUGCUUCCCUUUUGAGAAGUUUUCGGUGCAGAUUUAUUUAUUAAUACUCCUGCAAUUACCCAGUCUUUUUCUGAUUUCUCUGAAUUCAGAUGAUAUUUUAUUUUCGAUACUGUUACAGGUAUUUUAUCAAUCAUACGUGCUUUCAGCUCCAUUGAAGAAAUUACUGGCCUGAUGAUUCUCAAUCCAAAAAAUGGGUCACUGUAAACAUCUUUUGAUUCAGUGGCAUUAUUUGGUACUGUAUUUACAUUUUUGCUGCUCUUCGUUGCACUAAAAUUAAAUGUUUUACUGCUUUCACGUGGCAGUAAUCUCUCUUCAUCUUUUUUGAUACUUUCCUUUAAUAAAGAUUUUAUAUCACGUCCAUAAUUAGAAUAUUUUUGUUCCUCGAAAUAACGCCUGUCUUCAUCAUCCGAAGAAUCAAGUCCAUCAUCAUAAACUUCACUUUUCUCCUGAUGAUCAAUAGAUUUACUCUCAUCAUUAGUUUUAGGUGUACUGUCUAAAAAAUUAAAGUCUAAUUCCUUCAAAAUUUCUUUCUGAGUUUCUUUUUGUGGUGAUUCUUGAUUUUCCUCUGUAUCAUCGUUAGCUAAGAGAUCAUUUAAAACAUCGUCUACAUCAGAAUCAUUAUCCAUUUUAAAUAUAAAUUUCAAAUAGGAAUUGUUUAUUUCUACUAUAGAACGAGUUAUAAAAUUGCAAAUUAAACAAAAUUACACUUUUAAAGCUACUUAUUAGUCAGCUUUAUCAGCUUAUCAGCAUACGUUCAUUGCACAGUGAUAAGCUACAGGUAAUCAUGAUACAUUCUGCCAUUUUUC